CGGCUUUCUUCUUCGACCUCUAAAAUCUUUUUUUCUCUACAGCUUCCAUUCGCCAUUGACAAAAAAAACUCUAAUUCUCUGCUUCAGGUGAAGUUGCAGGAGCUUGGUGGGAGUUGUGGAGUGAGAAAUGGCGGCUUCAAGUGCACAUGAGGAGGCAGGGACAGGAAGGUCUUAUGAGGGAUUGUCGAGCGGGCAGCAGCAAUGCAGUGAAGCGUUGGCGGAAUGGAGGUCAUCUGAGCAGGUAGAAAAUGGAACUCCAUCAACUUCGCCUCCUUACUGGGACUGUGAUGAUGACGACGAUGGUGGCCCUAAACCUUCUGAGCUAUAUGGGAAAUAUACAUGGAAGAUUGAUAAGUUUUCGCAAAUUAACAAGAGAGAACUUCGCAGUAAUGCAUUUGAUGUUGGCGGCUACAAAUGGUACAUUCUGAUUUAUCCUCAGGGGUGUGAUGUUUGCAACCAUCUCUCUUUGUUUCUUUGUGUGGCUAAUCAUGACAAGCUCCUUCCAGGUUGGGGUCAUUUUGCUCAAUUCACUAUUGCUGUGGUGAACAAAGACCCGAAGAAGUCCAAGUAUUCGGAUACAUUACAUCGUUUCUGGAAGAAAGAGCAUGAUUGGGGGUGGAAAAAAUUUAUGGAGUUGUCGAAAGUUUUAGAUGGUUUUGUUGAUGCUGAUACGCUCAUAAUAAAAGCUCAAGUUCAAGUAAUCAGGGAAAAACCAGAUCGUCCCUUUCGUUGCCUUGACCGUCAAUAUCGAAGGGAGCUUGUUAGGGUAUAUUUGACUAAUGUGGAACAAAUCUGCCGCCGUUUCGUGGAAGAGAGACGAGUAAAGCUUGGGAAGUUGAUAGAGGAUAGAGCUCGAUGGUCAAGCUUCUGUGCUUUUUGGCUGGGAAUGGACCAAAAUUCUAGGCGCCGCAUGUCCAAGGAGAGAUCAGAUUCAAUUUUAAAAGUGGUUGUCAAGAACUUUUUCAUAGAGAAGGAGGUUACUUCUACUCUUGUUAUGGACUCCUUGUACAGCGGGCUUAAGUCUCUUGAAGGCCAGAUAAUGGGCAAGAAAGGUAAAGCAAAAUAUUCGGAUGCAGAUGAACAACUGGCUCCUAUUGUUCGUAUGGAGAAAAACAUGUUUGUGUUGGUGGAUGAUGUCUUGCUAUUGCUUGAGAGUGCUGCAUUGGAGCCAUUGCCUCCAAAGGAUGAGAAAGGCCCUCAAAACCGAACAAAGGAUGGCACUUCUGGAGAUGAGUUUAACAAAGAUACAAUUGAGCGUGAUGAGAGGCGUUUAACUGAAUUAGGUCGUCGAACCAUUGAAAUAUUUGUCCUAGCACAGAUUUUCAGUAAAAUAGAGGUUGCGUAUCAGGAGGCUGUUGCUUUAAAGAGGCAAGAAGAGCUCAUCCGUGAAGAGGAAGCUGCUUGGCUGGCAGAAACUGAGCAGAAAGCUAAACGAGCAUCUGGAAAGGAAAAAAAGUCCAAGAAAAAGCAGGCUAAGCAGAAGCGGAAUAAUCACAAAGUAAAGGAUAAGGGUGUUGAUGAAAAACCUGGAUCCAUGGAGCUAUAUAAGAUUGAUCAGGAUGGGCCUAUUGGUGAAGGAAACGAGUACAUAAAUGAGGAGCGAGAAGCAGUACUUGGAAAACCAGAUAUACUGGAAGCUGUAUCUGAUGUUUCUGAUUCAAUCGAUUGUGUCCCAGAGGUUAUUAAUCCUGACUCUGAAGACAGAGAUGCAAGUCCUGUCAAUUGGGAUACUGACAGCUCAGAAGUUCAUCCUUCCACAGAAACUAGCUGCAGUGGGUUAAGUGACCUUUCAGCUGUGCAAAAUGGGUUAGCUGGAAGGAGAAGUCCUUCCGUCAUGGAUGAUAGCUCAUCGACGUGUUCCACAGAUUCGAUUCCUUCCGUGGUUUCGAAUGGGCCUUGCAGAUGGACUUCGGCUAACCAUAAAAAUCCGAAAUCACCUAGCAGAGGGAAGAACCAAAGAAACAAGUCAACGUCUAAUGCGGCUGAUUGGGCUAGUGAAACACUAAGUCAGCCAUUAGAUGCUGUUUCAGACGUAGGACAGCUAAGUGAUAGAAGUUGCGGGGCACCUGGAUCUGAGUCGCAUUCUACUGUGCUUUCGUCGAAUGAUCAGCAAAAGAUGAAGAAGGAAGUAGUAGCUUUGCAGCAGAGAAAGGCCGAGACAGAGAGACCUUCAAUGGAGAAGCCGAGUGUCAAGUCUUCUCCGAGAAGCCCUCCAAAAGAUGCAGGCUCUGCUGUUCAGCAGAAGUCACAGACGAAGAUCUCUGUCACAAGUGAUCCUGCUUUGGUUAAAAGAUCGUAUUCAGAUGGUCCCAAGCUAGCUGAUAAAUCAGCUUUAGUGUCUAAUUCAUCUGAAACUGCAGUAUUGAAAGCUGAUCCGCAUAAAGCUGUAGAGCCAAGGGUCAAGGAUAAGCCCUCAGUGCAGCCCAUUUGUAUUACGACUGGGGAGUCCUCGUCUCAACAAGUAACAGUCUCUUCUACAACAGAAAAUUUCAAAUGGCAACAAGUGCCUGCCGUGUCCAGACCAUUGUGUGAUCCUUUAGUUCCUGGACCUAGGCCUGCUGCCCCUGUUGUUUCCAUGGUUCAGACAACACCAUCACUGGCUCGUUCAGUGAGUGCAGCUGGCCGAUUAGGUCCCGAUCCUUCACCAGCAACACACAGCUAUCUUACUCAGUCCUACCGAAAUGCAAUUAUGGGUGGUCCUGUUUCUGGAAGUCCGGCUAGUUUUAGUCAACCUCAUUCUCCAAUUUCAGCAGUUAACCUAUCACAUUCGUACUCUCAACAACAACCUCCACUGGUUUCUGGGGCAUCAUUUUUACCGCAUGGUUUGGAAAGAGCAGAACCUAGCUCGAUGAGACCAAGCUUUUCAUAUGGAAUGGUGAAUAAUGGCAGCUUGCAGAAUGGACUGCAAUGGGAGUGUCCCCAAAGGGACAGUAACAGGAGUAUAUCUCAACAUCAUCCUUCUGCAUCAAAUGGAAUUAGGAACUUUGAUAUGUUCAAGACUGUAAACAGUAGAACACAUGAUCACGUUCCUGAUUCUCUGGCUUGCACGUCUGGACGUCAGUCCCAGAGUGUAUCGGCUGAUGAAUUUCCUCAUCUUGAUAUUAUUAACGACUUACUGAAUGAUGAUCAUGGGAUUGGAAGGGCUUCUAUACCCGACUUGGGCUUUCAAAGUUUUAGCAGCGGAUCGCAGCAUCUAAAUCAUGGGUUCACAUUCCCAGGUGAUAUUGGCACGCCAGCUGACCUAGGUACCUCAUCAAGCUCUUGUAGGUUUGAACGAACACGAAGUUAUCAUGACACGUUGCAGCAUAACUAUUCUGGAGGCCUUUUUGAUAGUGCUAGUGAUAUGAUUCUGCAGCCCGAUCCACGAUUUAUGAAUGGACAUCAUAUUGAUGGGUUAGUUCCUAACCAGUGGCAAAUGAUGGGUUCUGAUCCGUCAUUUCUUGGGAUGAGGAAUGGGAAUAUUGAUGGUAGUCACCCGUAUCCUCUACCCGACUAUUCAAACAUGGCAUGUGGUGUAAAUGGGUACGGAUUAUUUAGGCCUUCGAAUGGCCUUUGAAAGCUUCUAUGGCGGAGCCUAGCCUUGAAUAUUUAGGCUGUCUUCCUCUGUAAUAACGUAUUUGAGAAGAGCAUUUUGGUCUUUAAAGGAAACAUUUUGUAAAGGGUGAUUCUGCUUCUUUGUUUCAAAUUUUAGCAUUGGAAAAGCGUGGCUUUUGCUAUCACGCCAGAUUGAGUAUUUAAUAUUUUAGAAGUUUGGCCUUUUUCUUAUU